GAGAGUGGAAGGAGAGAGGGAGAGAGAGUGUGAGGAGGGAGAGAGAGAGGGGUAGUGCAGUGCGGGCAGCACCGAGUUGCUGAGAGUGGCGGCGAUGAGCGGCGAGCAGCGGGGCUCCAGCCGGCGGGGCAGCGCCGACCCGGGUGCGAUCCCGGCCGGCCGGGAGCAGUCGGUGUCCGCCGGCAGCUACUGGCAGGACCCGCUGGCCAUCGACAUUAGCCGCUGCGCCCUGCCCGCCCCCAAGGUCCGCAGCCGGGCGGUCCAAGCCGUCUAUGUGGUCAGCGAGACGGCGAGCCCGCAGUCCGAGGAAAGCCUCCACCUGCGCUGCCUCCGGGAGGCGUGUGUGGAUGCCGGCGCCGUGCUCGACACUGUGCCCAUCGGCCGCCUGGUGCUGGGCGAGACGGGAACUCUGGACUGCUUCUACAACGCAGAUGUUGCAGUGGUGGAGUUGACCGACCCGUGCUACCACUCGUCACUCUUCUAUCACCUUGGUGUCCGGGAGAGCUUCAGCAUGACGAACAAUGUGAUCCUAUGCAGCAACAGCAACAUAACCACGCUGCAGUCACUGCAGGAUAUCGUUUGCCAGAAAAAUAUGGACUCUAGUGGAAACUACACCUUCAUCCCGUACAUUGUGACACCGAGCGGGAAGCUCUUCUGCUGUGAAGCCAGCAUGAUGAAGGGUCUGACGGAAAUGUUCCAGCCACACUUCAACCUGGAGACUCUGCUGGUGCCCUUGAUAGAUCACCUCACAAAAUUACUGGAGGAGACCCAGAUUAAUUCUUGUGAGUAUUUUCGGGAAACCAUUCGGAAUGACAUUCGCAAAGCGAGGGAGAUGUACAACGGGCAGGAGCUGCGGGAAGCACUAGCACGGAUCCAGCAGCGCCUCGACAGCGUUGAGCUUCUGAGUGCGGACAUUGUGGUGAACCUGCUGCUGUCCUACCGAGACGUACAGGAUUUUGAUGGGACGGUCAAGCUGGUGGAGACGUUGCAGAAGCUGCCGACCUGUAGCGUGGCCGAGCUCCCCAUCAUCAAGUUCCAUUACUGCUUUGCACUGAACAGGCGGAACCUGCCUGGAGAUCGAGAGAAGGCCCUGUCGGUGAUCUUGCCAAUGAUGGAGACGGGAGCGCAGAUCUCCUCUGACCUCUACUGCCUUUGCGGGCGCAUAUACAAAGAUAUCUUCAUCAGCUCCAACUUCAUCGCCAGCGAGAGUCGAGACAAGUCCUGUUACUGGUACCGGAUGGCCUUCGAGCACGAACCCACCCUGCACUCGGGCAUCAAUGUUGCCGUAUUCCUCAUGGCCGCCGGACAUCGCUUCGACACGUCAUCUGAUCUCCGGAAAAUAGGAAUCAAGCUGAGCAGCUUGCUGGGACGGCAGGGGAGCCUGGAGAAGAUGCACUUUUACUGGGACGUGGGCUUUUACUUUGGGACUUGCAUCUUGUUCAAUGACCAACUCAAAAUGAUCCAGGGCUCGGAGAAGCUGUACCGUCUGAACGCCCCUGUCUGGUACCUGGCAUCAGCGAUGGAAACCUACUUGCUCUACAAACGCUUCAAGACCGACGUCAGUGAGCAGCCUUCUGCCCGACAGGAGCUGGUGGAUUUCUGGAUGGAAUUCCUUCUCUCAAUCUGCAGGAACAAAGCACCCACUGACAAAUUCCUGGUCCUCAUCCUGGAGCCAACCAAGAUCUUCCAACCCACCCGGAUCCUUGUGAACGAGAGUGACACAGACAAGGCUGUGAAGAUGUGCCACGUCUCACCCAAGGAGAAGAAUGGGAUCUAUACGUGGACCUUCAGCGCCUCCUCCAUCCGUGGUGUGAGUGUGUCAAAGUUUGAUGAGCGUUGCUGCUUCCUGUACGUCUUGCACAACUCAGAUGAUUUUCAGCUCUACUUUCCAACAGAAUUGCACUGCAAAAGGUUCUGCGAGCUGCUGAAUUCUUUCACUGACAAAACCAAGCUGGCCGCCGAUGAUGGGCUGAGACCGGCAGAGGAGCAGUUGGAGUACAGCUAUGAGUACAUUGAGAACGGGGAGCGGCUGAUCCUCGGGAAGGGAACGUAUGGUGUGGUCUAUGCUGGCCGGGACAUCAACAACCAAGUCCGCAUUGCAAUCAAAGAGAUUCCAGAGAGAGACAACAGAUACUCGCAACCACUUCAUGAAGAAAUCGCUCUCCACAAGCGCCUGAAACACCGCAACAUUGUCCAGUACCUGGGAUCGGUUAGCCAGGACGGCUUCAUCAAAAUCUUCAUGGAGGAGGUCCCGGGAGGAAGUCUCUCCGCCCUGCUGCACUCCAAGUGGGGGCCCCUGAAAGACAAUGAAGCCACCAUCGUCUUCUACACCAGGCAGAUACUGGAAGGGCUGAAGUAUCUGCAUGAGAAUCAGAUUGUACACAGAGACAUUAAGGGAGACAACGUACUGAUAAACACCUACAGCGGAGUGCUGAAAAUCUCCGACUUCGGGACAUCGAAGAGGCUUGCGGGAAUCAAUCCCUGCACGGAAACGUUCACAGGAACCCUUCAGUACAUGGCCCCAGAGAUCAUUGACAAAGGACCAAGAGGCUACGGGAUGCCUGCAGAUAUCUGGUCUCUGGCCUGCACUGUCAUUGAAAUGGCCACAGGAAAACCACCUUUCUUUGAAUUGGGAGAGCCGCAGGCUGCUAUGUUUAAGGUGGGAAUGUUUAAGAUCCACCCGGAGAUCCCAGAGUCCAUGUCCAUGGAGGCAAAGACCUUCCUUCUCCACGGCUUUGAGCCCAAUCCUGAUCAAAGGGCCACGGCUGCCGAGCUCCUCAAGGACACCUUCCUCAGUCGGAAGAAAAAACCGCCCCCAAAGCCAGGUGAAUUUCAUCACAGCCUGUCUGUGCCUGCCUUGGCCCACCGCAAGAACGAGGCUGAGAGCCGUCAUCCCUUGGAUUUCAAGCAUACCCAGCCAGUGCUGUCAAGAAGCUGCUCGAUCCCAGUGCUGCCCAUCGACUGUGGCUCCCCGCAGGAGUUUCUAAGCGUGCUUGAGGAGCAGGUGGAUGACAUCCCCUCCUCGCCAGAAGACAACGCCGCUCUCUUCCUGCUGAAGAAGGACAGCGAGUGUCGGGACACACUCUUCAAGAUACUGACGGACGACUGCGAGACCGUGGUCUGGAAUAUUCUAGAAGCUCAGGCUCAGAGCUCCGAGCGCAAGUUGACGAGCGAACACAUCAGGCACCUGGUGACCUGCCUGAAGAACUACAUUCGCUCCCCGGACCGUGCGUUCAUAGGGAAAGCCCUGUCCAGCCUGAAGGCUGAGCUGCACAUCAACAAGGGGGCGCUCAGUGAGAUCCAGAUUGUCCUGUUCAGCUUCCAGGAUGCUGUGAGAAAAGUUCUUCGAUUGCAUCAGAUAAAACCACACUGGAUGUUUGCUCUGGACAAUAUCAUUUGUAAGGCCAUGCAGAUAGCCUUUACUGUUCUAAUGCCAGAGCUGAAGCUACAGAUGGAGACCACGUCUGACCAGGACAAGGAUGAUCGAGGCACCGAGGACCACCCGGGCAAAUGGAGGGGGAGCCUGGGAGACGUGCGGGAGACGGACGAACUGGAGCUGCAGAAUGACGGCGCUGGUACCUCGGGCGUGAGCACACUCAGCCGCUCGGUCUCGUACGACUCCCAGCAGAACAUCUCCCCUCUCAUCACACAGCUCAGCCGACUACGGGCUGAAACUAAUCGCCUUCAGGAGGACCUUGCAGAGAGGGAGAGAGAAUGCCAUGAGCUACUGUUGCACACCCUUCAACAGAAAAACAACGACAUUGUGCUGCUGCGGAACAGAUCAGGAUCCAUGGAUGAUAAUCUCAGCUUCCAGUCAACUCUUGUGGAUUCCCAAACUGAAGAACUCACACAGUGGCUGCUAACAACACACGUUGACCAGCGGACAGUUGGCAAGAUUCUUGCCAACGGUUACACACUUGAGGAUCUACAGACUGAUGUAACAAAGGAUGACCUGAGGUACAGCCAGAUAAGGGGCGGAAUGCUGUGCAGACUCUGGGCUGCCAUCAGUGCCCACAGGGGGGUCCAGGAGGCACAGUAGGAAGCAGGCACUGGCUGGACAGACGCGCUGUGCUUCUGAAACAAGGACACCAUCUACCAUUGGCUACAAAUUUAAAGGGCACAAUGCAGAAUGGACAGAAACCUGUGCUGCUGGGAGCACCAGGGGCUACGGGGUGACAGCUGUGGAGAGAUUAUGGGGCAGUGACAGUCUGCAUCUCCAGCAGCUUCAACUCUGGCCUGUCUCCCAUCACCAGGAAUUGUGCAUCUGGGAUUGCUGCAAGUGUAACUCUCGGUCACACACCGGAUGAGUUUGGUGUGCAACCUCUAAGGACGCAAAUGUUCACAACUGACAUAUGAUAUACCAUGUUCACAGUUUAUGCUCACGUGUGACACUCGAUACAAGGCUCACCAGCCGACACACUUGUGUAAUAUUGGUGCAGGCGUUUACGUUGGCUAUGAACCAACCGUGGGUCCGUGCAGCCCGAGAGCAUCGCUGGGCUGGAAUAUUUACAGCCACGCUCUCCACAACAUGGUGGGUGAAGGAAAACUAUAUCCUCAUUUGGUUUCACAGGGAAGUCAUUUCCUACGAGAUUGGAUCACUCAUUUCCUUGCUUCAGCCUGGUUUUGCAAGGAUGCGUUCCCACAGAUUUUAUCAGAGGUUUCCUAGUCAUCCUUUGUGCCUUUGUCAGCACCUUUGCCUGUUUCAUAAUUAAUAGACUAGAGAGUUCAAAGGAAUUGGAAAGACAAGUGAUCAUCUUUGAUUGUUCUUUUCCAGGGCUGCAGCCUCCAAUGUUUGGGAGAGUAAUCUAACUCUAGACUAUCUUGCACUGAUACUCCUCACAGCGAGAUACAUCAGUAGAAGUGAGAAUUAUUUUUGGUAAAUAUAUAAAACAUUACAUGCCUAUACUUUAUAAAUGAAUAAAUAUUUGUUAAUGGCAUUGACACAUGACAAUAGCAUUUGUCUUCCUGCCAUGAUAGCGAGUUGCCUGUUACUUAAAUGUUAAAAUAUAAAGUUCUGGAGGAACUUAGCGGAACAGGCAGCAUUUAUGGAGGGAAUGGACAGACGACAUUUUGGGUCGGGACCCUUCAUCAGACUGAUUAUUAUAGGGGGGGUGAUAGGUAGAUACAGAUGAGGUGGGGUUGAUUAACAGUCCUGGAAGAAGUGCUGCCUUUGACCUCGAUGGUGUCUGGAGCAAAGAUCCUAUGCUCCGCUAUAGGAUCUUUGGUCUGGAGUAAACUGGUAGAUUGUCUUACCCCACCGUGUCACCAGGGGGAGUCGGCUCUUCUUGAGCACAGGAAGUCUCUGUUUAACAGGUUGAUAAUUGCAAUAUACUCAGAUGAGAUACAGUAAAAAAAAAUGUAAUAAAUAAAUAACAAUAAUACUAGUGCAAAAUAACUGGUCCGUAUUGCAACCAACGAGACGGUCCACAGAAGUUCAUAGUUGCUGAGGUUCGUGAUGCGUAGCGUUCAAGAGCCUGAUUGUUGCUCGGGAAAACCUAUUCUUGAGCCGGGUGGUCACGGAUUUUAGACUCGUGCACCUUCUUCCCGAUGAUAGGAGUGAAAUGAGAGUGUGGCUUGGGUGGUGUGGGUCUUUGAUGAUGCUGACUGCCUUUUUGGGGCAAUGCCACUUAUAAUUCCCUUCAAUGGUGGGAAUGUUAUAAACCGGGCAGUGUCCACCACUCUCUGUAAUUCUGGGAUUAUCCCAACCUUUUAUCCUCCUCUUACGUCAAAUUGAUCCAGCUCUAGAUAUUAAUAUUGCAUUCUCUUGUACUAGAUCCCUCUUUCUGAUGAAAUCUCCCCAUCCACCCUAUCAGUCUGUCAUCGAACUUCUGAAUGGUACUUCCAUAAACAGGGUGCCGAUUCUCCAAUCUACCUCAUUGUGGACAUUGGACCUUUUCUCUGGAACUAUUACACUACAAUGUUGAGAAACUAUACUCUGCACUCUGGUAUCUUUCUAGCUUUUGUACUUGUGUUUGCUUUGCCUGUAUUCAUGUACAAUAUUAUCUGCACCUCAAUCAGAUCUUCAGAUUCAAAACUGAAACCAAAUCAAAGCAGGUUGAUGUAGCCGUUAGUGAUGUUGCUUUCUUUGCCUUUGUAACAUUCUGGUGAAUCUCCAUUCUACCCAAGCCAGGGUGCGGAGACCCUUCUGGAGGGAUGUAUUCCAGGUGAUUGCACUGUGCCAGCCUAAUGUGUCUGACCAAAGCCUGGUGCAAACACAGCAUCACCUUAACACGUCUGUACUUCACUGCCAGUGGGAUAUACUGUAGAGUAUGGUAGCACAGCAUCUGCAGUUCUUUCCUACACAGAUAUAGAGUCAGGUUCCUUUUAUGGUUGCGAUUAAUUUUUUGGGGGGGAUGACUCACUUUUCCCAGGUUAAAUCUACAUUUUGUUUCUAAACAUCUCAGUUGAUUCCAAAUCCAUUAUCACAGGAACUGCGACAUAUACAUUUUUUAAACGUUUUCUAUGAAGAAUUUUCAUUUCCUCUCAUUUUUCUUCUGAACACCUAUGCAAGAAUCGCAACACUAAUUUAAUGUCCUAUUAUGAAGCGCAGCAACCCAUCCAUAUGGCCAGGUAUCCCUUUCAAUACCAGUGACCCGUUGCUGGUUGAUAGCAUCAGUGAGAAUAUCAAGUCAAUUCUUGCCUUGAUUCUAGAAGAAUGCACUGUGGGAUCUCACGACAUAGUGAAAUAAAUGGCUCGUUCCACCAUUUAAUAACUGGACUGAGGGAGAAGCGUUGGGGGACUGGAGGGAGGUAUCUAUUUGUGUUCAGAACAAUGAUUGUAGUUGUGAGUACAAGCCCCACUGAUUGUGUUGUGAGUUCAAGCUAGAUUUGAAGACAUAAUCCAGGCCCACUUUGUUAACACAGUCGGAAAGGUAGUCUGCAUUGUCUAUUACAGGCGCAGUCCCUCGAAUGGGGCAUCUAAUCAAACUCGUUUGAACAUUUUACAACCCAGUCCCAGAAAUGGGGCACCAAAUGCAUCAUUUGCUCCCCUGACUUUUUAUACCUGAUCUUUCACAACAAUGUGACAAAUCUCACACUGCUACUUGAACAAGAACAGGGGAACGUUCCCCAUUCCUUGUCCACAUUGAACACACUAUCAUUGCUAUCUCACUACUGCUUGGAUCGUACUAUGCACGAACUGAGCGCUGUGUUUCUCCGUGUCAGCGACUGAUACUAAAAUUAGCUUGUUGGCACUGAAAAACCCUGGACUUACAACCCCAAGAGUUGGCAGUAAGGCGGGGUAGAGGAACGCUGGGGCAGUUCAAAGGGCUGAUAACCUACAUGGCUUCUAAUUUGUAUGUACAUUUUUUGUAUGAAAACUGGGGAUGAAAGCCCCAGUUCUAUCUCCUCAAACGAUAGUUGCUAAUGUCACUUACUUUUUCCCUCACUGUAGUAAUAUCACAUUUUUCUCAUUGAACUUAUUGUAAAUAAAAUUAUUUUUCUUCA